UUUGUAAACGAUUAGUGGGAGAGACAGUUGUGUUACCGAUUCGCCCAACUUUGUUUUUGUGUGUUAAUUUUCCUCAUCAAGAACUAAAAUUACAUGUACAUUCUGAGGGAUUGGAUUUAAAAGGUGUUAUGCCUGGCUGAUUCGUUGUGGAGACUAAAAAUAGGGUCUCGCUUCAAAAACCGGUUCUGAAAAGAUUUGCAUAGAGUGUCAUAUUCACGAUCAGACCAAAGUUUUACAUAACAAUACCAGGGCUGGAUAGCCAGGAUAAUUCCCUAUAAACUGCCGGGUUGUUGUUAUUUUUGAGUGUGAGACUAACAGGUUGUUUAUUUUCUGUGGGGAUUACUUAUAGCCAGUGUCCAAAGAUCGGAGGAGGGGACAGAUACGUCGCGAAUUGACGGAAUGGUUCCAGAUUGGUGCCCCACGUAAACACAGACCGCAACAUGGUAAUUCAAAGGGAGGAACAGAUCCUUGUCCGGAGACGGGUCCUGUACAUUGGGAGCUCGGUCCCCCUGGAGACCACUGAGGGACUGGAAGCCAUACAGCAACCCCUCCGUGACAGAUAUCCUGUUGGGGACAACGCCCAAAUUCAGGGGAUAGAUGCUUGGGUCAACAUACUUCCGUCUGGAAUACGCAUGCAAUAUGUGAGAGACGCAAGUACUGUUAUAGAGUUUCCUAUAUUUUCAUUGACACUAUGUGCGGCAGUCCGACAGGUUCGUUCCGUCAAUGGCGCCACUGGCGAGAUGACGUCGAAAUUCGUGUCUCUGACGUCACAACAAGCAGGUGGUGCGAAUUCCAAAAAUCCUGCCAUUUUCACCGCGAUUACUCGCAGGACAAAGGGGAGGAAAGUGUUGGAAUGUCAUGGAUUUUUAUGUGCAAAUGAUCACGAUGCUCUGGAGUUAGUGAAGGCUACCAAAUUCAUUGAUGCUAAGUAUAAACAGCGAGGAACCACCAGCAACAGGAGUUCCUUUGUAGCCCCAUCACAUCCGACUCAAAUUCCACAACCACAGAGUGGUCGAGUCGAGAAAAUUGUCAAUGGAGGUUCCGGUAUUCUGAACGGAAAUGUGCCAAACGGUAAUAUGAAGGCAGAUUUACAUCCAUCAGGCUUUAAUGACGUACGUUUGCAAACCGGCGAAGUGGUGGAGAGUGUUAAGGAUGCCGCGCCCGAGUUUUAUGACACUGUCCCUACCACUGGAUACUUCUACAGCGGAGCCAAUACGGAGGUUAAAAAGUACAACAUCGAAAAAUUAGGAGAAAAGGCAUACUCUGAUAUUGGACCCUCACGAACACCUCGCCCAAUUCAACAGCGGCCGCAGCAUCCGACAAUAUCGGCUCGAGGCGGGCCUAUGCCACCACCAAUGGUAAUACCUGGACCACGUAUGAUGGGGCCACCGGGUAGACACCCAAUGAUGGUACCACCCCCACCGGGAAGACCUAUAAUGGUUGGACCUAGAGCAAGGUUCUUUUCGCCACCGCCGCCCAUGAUACGGAGACCAAUGUAUGGUGGCCCGCCGCCACCCCCUGGUGCAAUGAUGUACGGCCCGCCGCCGCCCCCGAUUUACGUUCGAAGACCAAAACAACGUCCACGGUCAGGAAGUCGAUCCAACUCUUCAUCUUCGGGAUCUGAGAGAGGAAGGGAUCCGGACGACACAUUUGCAAAGAGAAUGGCCAACGGGAACUCAGAUUCCGGAAGUGAUAUUUCCGGAUACAGACCACCGACGCCGCCGCGCGAUUAUGAAAUGAAUCUAGAGGACAGGAAACGAGAGAGAUUAAGCAGACGUGAUAAACAUGAACGCAGACGACGACGAAGCCGGUCUCCCCCCGAGGGAAGGGGUCCACAAAGGAUGAUGUAUCCUGGAUAUCCGCCCGCCCCAUUUAUGCACCCGGUUUAUGGCCCUAUCUAUCCUACAAUUUACGGAUACGGAAGGUCAAGGUCAGUUCCGCCUCCUAUGAGGUACCCUACAGACGCAAAACCAUCAAAAAAGAAAGAAAAGAAGAAUAAGAAGAAAAACCGCAAUAAUGCACCACCACCCGAGACUGGUUUCGGUGGAUACACUUCCGAGAUCCCGUUCGGCGCCUUCCCGGCUCCAGGUCCUUACGAUUCUCAACUACGACGACCACGUGACUUCCGGCGGGAAGAAAACCAAUUUCUAAACGAGAAAUCGUUUUCUCAAAGCAUGAAAGAACAGACUCGUGUAUCUAAAGGCAAUCCUAAUGGCGACCAUUACCCAACAGCAUACGAACUCAAUAACGCCGGAAAUGACGACGAUCGGCAAAUUGAAUCAGAGUUCAUUUACUAAAACAAGUGGUUACUAAUAAUCAAUGUGUCGUGCAAAAAUGAGACGUUUAUAAAUGUGAUAGUGCUACAUGUAGAAUGACUUGAUAUUUUACGAAUCUUGCGAGUUCUGAGCUAUGUCGGCAAAUUCCUGUUGACGACACGACUUUAGGUGUCAAAGUUCGGAAAUUCUUGGUAUCAAGACACCAUUUUGGUAAUUUUCUGUCGCCAUUUAAAGUGCGGAAUUCUAUCUGCCAUUAAAAAGACUGGGGGAGAGAUUGAAUGUCUACAUCCAUUUAACGUCGCUGCAUUGUUUACCAGUUCAAGUUUAGUGCCUUGCCCUAGUUGUCACACAUGGUCAACCAUAAAAGUUUCUAAAAACAUUUCUUAAUGAAAAUACUUUUAAUCGUAUCAAUUUUUGAGAAGCAUUACUACAUGUAUCAAAAAUACUCGUGCUUUCUACAAUAAAAAAGAUAAGGUUAAAUUCUUAACAGGUAUAUGCAUUUAUUAUUCACGUUUUAUUCUGAUUUUAAUGUAUUCAGACACAAACCAACUUGAAGUUAUGUACAUUCUUUUAUUUACAUUGUAAAUAGCCUAUCAGGGUUGUAAGGGCCAAUUAUAGAUAAUGCCCCAAUACCAUACCUACAUGUAUGCAUGUUUGCGAUAUUAUGCCACAUACAAUUAUAAGGCACAUAAUCGCAUUGGAAAAUAUUCUUCACGUUCAUGUUAUGUAUUAUUGACAUUUAAUUGUGGUUUCUUCUUUUAGAUAUAUAUAUAUAUAUAUAUAUAUAUAAAUUUAUUUUUAUAUGUGAGCAGAUAUUUGGGUCAUUGCCAUACGUAUAUACCAAAGUGUGUAUCAUCAUUGUUAUUCCAAGUAUCAUUAAAUGAUAUAUAUUCUACAAAAAA